AUGGGGCGCCAUGGUGCUUUUUCGGCCUCCUUAGAGGCGGAGAGAGAGGCCCGGGAGGAGCUGCUGGCACUGCGUGGCGCGGUGGCCGGGUACCAGGAGUCAACCUCGAGGAAGGACCUCUUGGAUGAGGCAGGCUUCAUCGUGGACGAGAAAAAUCCGCUGAUCUACGUUCCUGAGGGGGAGGAGAAGAAAAAUGGCAUUGAGCAUGUUGUGGUGUACAAGAAGGUGGCGAUCCGGAAGCGGCCCUGCAGCGACUCCCACGUCCUCGGCGCCUGCGAGCAGGGCCAAAGCCUGCAGCUCUUUGAGGCAGAUGAAACGGGCAACUGGCGCAAGCUACACUUUCGGCUGCGAGGGGGAUACGGCAGCCUGGUGGAGGCCUGGGUCAUGCUGCGGCACCCUUCCCUUGGCAUGCUGCUGCGGCCUGCGAACGAGAAGGCAGAGAUGAGCGAGCCGGAGCCCAGGCCGCAAGCCCAGGAGCCUGCAGCAGUGCUAGAGGACCACACCGCCCACGUGGCCGCUCUGGCCGCGGAGUUUGGGGAGCGGCUUGUGCUGGCAGCUGUAGAGGAGGUGGAGCCCUCGGUGGCCCUGCGAAGUGAGCCUUUCGAGGUGGUGCGGAAGCCCAUGGUGGCGGUCAGGAGCCAGCCCUCCACCGAGGGCCUCAUCGUGGUCUCUGUGGAGUUUGGGCGCCGCGUUGACACCUUCGGCCUGGAUUCCUCCGGCGUGUGGCGGCGGGUCUUCUGCAAGUGCACGCAGACAGCCAAGCAGGAGGCUCCUUUGCCGGACGCGCCGUUGGAAGCCUGGAUCAUGGAAGAGCACCCUUCGCUUGGCCAGCUGUUGAGGCCGCUUGACCAGUGA